CAGCGGAUAGCACGGCGUGCCAGCAGGCGAAGAGGGAAAGAGAGAUAUAGCCCGGCACGUACGCGUCGGUAGAACGAAAGGAGGAAGAACGGGAGGAAACGAAGGAAGAGGCUGCGAGGAGGAACGAAGGCGGAGCGAGAGAGACGUGGAACGGUGUCGAGAUAGGCUCUCGCGUUCGCGGAAGGAAUUUCCACAAGGUAUCGGCGACACGGCGAACACCGCGCUGGGAAAACUAGAAGACGAUAGAGAACGUCGCGCGGGGACAAUCGGCGGUUCGGUGAUUACGAGAGGAAAAGCCAGGAUAAAACGUGAUUGUGCUUGGUGGUGGUGCUGCUGGUGGGUGAUCAGUGUGCCGGUGGAUCGCAUACUUGUGCUUUCUACCGUCGGUUUUAUCGAAAUCGUAUUCUCAUUUCGGAGCGUGUCCGUGGGCCCGCGACGGAACGUUGGUAGGAUCGGUGGUACUCGAUUUCGCGUCCUCUCAAGAUCGAUCGUACGGGGAUGGAAAGAUCGAGAUAAUAGCGCGAGACGGAGGUGGAGGCGGCGGCGGUGGUGGAGGCCCCAGGAUGCGGCACCUGCUACUGUUCCUCGUCCUGGGAGCGACCCUCGCCCCGGGCACGUGGUCCGAGCACGUCAGAUACUUGGAGGUCUCGGAAAACGCGAGACCCGGCACCAGGGUAGGCUUCAUCAACGCCGACAGCCCGCCCUAUUUGAUAGUGUCGGUCUCCGGGUCCGCGGUCGAGUCGGAUUUGAACGUGGACCAUGCGACGGGAGAGAUCAGGACGAAAGUGUCGUUGGACCGCGAGACCAGGCCGUCUUACAGCCUGGUCGCGUUGCCGCAGAACAUUCAGGUGGUCGCGCUGCCGCAGAACAUUCAGGUGGUCGUGAAGGUGCUGGACGAGAACGACAACGCGCCAACGUUUCCCGUGGACCACGUGGACAUCGAGUUCCCGGAAAACUCGCCGCGCGACGCGAAACGCGCCUUGCCGCCCGCCAAGGAUCCCGAUCUCGGCCAGAACUCGACACAGAAGUACGAGAUCGUCUCUGGAAAUCACGGUGACGCGUUCAAACUGUCGCAGCACCGCGGCCGCGACGGGGUUCUCUAUUUGGAUCUGCAGAACUCUGGCUCCUUGGACAGAGAAGCCCGUUCCCAGUACCAUUUGGUGAUCGAGGCGGUGGACGGGGGCGUUCCUCCUCUCCGAUCGCGGCUUCGCGUGAACGUGACGGUGCAGGAUGUCAAUGACAAUUCUCCGAUCUUCAAUCAGACGACGUACGUUGCCAGCAUCCCGGAGAACGCGACCGUCGGCACCCCGGUACUCGCGGUGAACGCAACGGACAGCGACGCUGGGGACAACGGACGCAUAGAGUAUUCCAUCAAUCGGCGGCAAUCGGACCGCGAGGAGAUGUUUCGCAUCGAUCCCGAGACGGGCAUGGUGUACGUGAACAAGGCGCUAGACUUUGAGUCCAAGGAACGCCACGAGCUGGUGAUCGUGGCCAGGGACUGUGGCGCCCAGCCCCUCGAGGCGAGCGCGUUUCUCUCUGUGUGUGUCACCGACGUCAACGACAAUCAACCGGCGAUCACGAUCAUCUUCCAAUCGGACGACGCGACGCCCAAGAUCAGCGAGAGCGUUCAGCCGGGGGAGUUCGUGGCUAGGAUAUCUGUCAGCGAUCCUGACUCCAGGACCGAGUACUCGAACGCCACGGUCUCGCUGUCCGGUGACGAGGGAUACUUCGGAUUGGCCACCAGGGACAAUAUCAUCUACUUGGUCGUGGUCAAGAAGCCUCUGGAUCGCGAGAAGAAGCCAGUCUACGAUCUGUCGGUCGAAGCCACCGACGCGGGCACGCCUCCGCUGAGAGCCGUUCGAACCUUUCGGCUCCUCAUCACCGACGUCAACGACAACGCGCCCAAGUUCGCUCAGGAAAGGUACGAGGCGCACCUGCUGGAAGCCUCGGAGCCAGGCACGUCGGUGUUAAAGGUGACGGCCGUGGAUCUCGACGAAGGCGCCAACUCGGCCAUCAAGUAUUCUCUGUUGAACUCCACGUGGUUCACGAUCGACGAGACGUCCGGGCUGAUAACCACGAGGACCCACGUGGACUGCGAGGCAGAUCCGGCGCCGAUUCUAGUGGUCAUCGCGACGGACCGCGGUCAACCGCCGUUGAACAGUAGUGCGAUAGUGCGUGUGACGGUUCACGAUCUCAACGACAACGAGCCCAUCUUCGAGAAGCCGCUCUACAACGCUACGGUUUCGGAGGCCAUGCCCGUUGGAUCCUGCUUCCUCAAGGUGAGCUUUUGCGAACUUUUCACUUGA